AUGGAGGAUAUGACCGAGGUCAAAGUAAAACCUUGCUCAGUUGACCUCUUCCAGGAGAAGGCAUUCGAUCAUAAAAAUGUCUACAAAAACUACAGAGAGUGGAGAGGGAGAGCUGUGAUCAUCAACAAUGUCAGCUUUGACAAUAACUAUCACCCCGACAGAGAAGGCACAGAGAUUGAUGUUAAACGUCUGGAAAGUUUAUUUCAGCAGCUACAUUACCUGGUGUCCAGGCAUGACAACAUGACUGCUAGGGGUAUCAGUCAAAUAGUCGAACGUGAGUCAAGAACUGAUCACAGUGUUUACUCUUCCUUCAUCAUGGUGAUCCUGAGUCAUGGUGGAGAGAACACGGUGAUAGGCACUGACGGUUAUCAUAUAGGGUAUGACCAAAUGCUUGCACACUUUGAGGCCUCCAAGUGUCCUACGCUGAAAGGUUGCCCCAAGAUGUUCUUCAUAUCUGCGUGUCAGAGUCCCUGUCGUAAGUGUCCAUCUUCCACAUGGGGCAUUGGUGUGAACCACACUUUGUGA